ACCCAGUUUCUCAGCAACCAAACAGGCUGUAGUUUCUCCUUCAAGCUUUCAAUCAAAAGCACCCAUUCUUUCAUGAUCUUUUUGGUUGGAAUCAAAAGCACCCGCAAAACACACGCCUGAUCAAAUUUCCCGGAAAUUGAAAUAAAAUUUUCGUACGCGAAAUCUCUGACAAAAAACCCAAAGUAGGGGGAAGAAUGGGGAGCAAUGCACCUAGUAGCAGUGAUAGAACAAGAACAAAUUGGACGCCGACAAUGGAACGGUUUUUCAUUGAUCUUAUGUUAGAUCAAAUGCAUAGGGGUAAUAGAUUAGGCCAUACAUUUAAUAAACAAGCUUGGACCGAUAUGUUAUCUAUUUUCAAUGUGAAAUUUGGGUGUAAAUACGAUAGGGACACUUUGAAAAGUCAUUAUACCAAUUUGUGGAAGCAGUAUAAUGAUGUGAAGAAUCUUCUCGAACAAAACGGGUUUAGUUGGGAUGAUACAAGGAAAUUGGUAGUUGCCCCUCCACAUGUAUGGAAUGCAUAUAUCAAGGGUCAACCGGAUGCACAGGUAUACAGGAAUAGAACUUUGACGAAUUUCAGUGACUUGUGCUUGAUAUAUGCAUAUACACAAGCUGAUGGAAGAUACAGUAGAUCUAGUCAUGAUAUUGAUUUUGAUGAUGAUGCGCUAGGGGUGAAUUUCGGUGUUGGAAGUUCCGUUCCUGCAGUAAGUGACGAGAACCUGAAUAUAGAAUGGACGCCAGCCAUGGAUCAAUACUUCAUUGAGAUUAUGCUGGAAAAUCUUAGAAAGGGUAAUAAAAGUAAGAGCACAUUCAGCAAACAAGCAUGGAAUGAUAUGCUUGGUUCAUUCAAUGCCAAGUUUUGUUUUCAGUUCAGUAAAAGCUUUUUAAGGCGUAGAUAUAGGAAACUGUUGAAGCACUACAGUGAUGUUCAGAGUCUACUUUUACAAAAAGGGUUUUCUUGGGAUGAUAAACAAAAAAUGAUAGUUGCUGAUGAUCUUGUUUGGGAUAACUAUAUCAAGGCACAUCCAGAUGCCCAUACCUUCAGAAACAAGAAGAUGCUGAACUACCGAGAUUUGAGGUUGAUUUAUAAAAAUGCAAGCAACAGUGUAGUUUCAAGUCAUAUGCGCCAAGGAAGAUAUACUGGGCCUAAAACAUUACCAGUGUGGACUGGUGAAGAAAACAGAGGCCAUCUCCAUGAUAGAGACGAGAUGCUGGGUCCACACUGGACAUCAGCAAUGAAUCGUCAUCUUAUUGACUUGUUGCUUAACCAAGCACUAGGAGGGAAUAAAAUUGGUCAUGCGUUUGUACCUGAGGCAUGGAAUCAAAUUGUUGCAAUGUUCAAUGUAAAGUUUGGAUGUCACUAUGAUGAAGAGGCUUUGAAGUCCCAGGCCAGACACUUGAGGAGGCAAUAUAAUAACAUAAAGAUACUACUUGAACAGAAUGGGUUCUCAUGGGAUGACAAACGAGAAAAGGUCAUUGCUGCGGAUCAUGUUUGGGAUGCUUAUAUGAAGGAACAUCCCAACACUCAAUCAUACAGACACAAAAUGGUGCCUGACUAUCACAAGCUGUGUGUUAUAUUUGGUCAAGAAAGUUCUAAUGGAAUGUGCAGUAUGGCCCAAAGGGAGCAUCCUGAAAAUGAGGACCCGGAUUUGAUGAUUGGAGAUGACUCUCAAUUCCAUGCUCGUAAUGGUUAUUCAAGGAUAGACUGGACUCCUUCAAUGGAACGACACCUUAUUGACCUUUUGUUAAAGCAAGUGCAUAGGGGUAAUAUGAUGAGUGGUGCUUUGGAUACUGAAGUAUGGUUGGAUAUGUGUCUGUCAUUUAUGGAAAGUUUUGGAUUACAACCUGAUGAGGAAUCUUUGAAGGAUCAUCAUAAAAGUCUUGGCAAACAGUAUCGUGAUAUGAGGAUUCUCAUUGAUCAGAGAGUGUUUUCUUGGGACGAAACACGGCAGAUGCUUACAGCCCGUGAUGAUGUUUGGGAGGCUUAUACCAAGGAAUACCCAGACGUUGUCUCAUACAGGCACAAACGUAAGCCAAAUUAUAAUGAUUUAUGCUUGAUCUAUGGAAAUUCAACUGAUAGGAAGGACAGGCGAUCAGGUCGAGAUGCUUGCUGCAAUGGAUAUGGAACUAUACUGAAAAAUGGUUACUAUGGGAGAACUGAUUGGAUACCGUCAAUGGAUCGAUAUUUCAUUGAUCUAAUGCUAGAGCAUGUUCGUCAAGGGAGUAUGAUUGAUAAAAAAUUUAGCAAGCUUGCCUGGGGUGAUAUGGUAGCAAAAUUUAGUGCAGAAUUUGGGUAUCAAUAUGACAAAGAUGUCCUAAAAAGUCGUUUUAUGAACUUGAGGAAACGAUUCAAUGAUAUGAAAUAUCUACUCGACCAUGAUGGAUUUACUUGGGAUGAGAAGCGACAGAUGAUAAUUGCUGAUGACCAUCUCUGGGCCAUUUAUCUGAAGGUGCUGCCUGACCAAAUUUUCUUCCGCACAAAAUUUGCAAUGUCGCUAAUCUUAGCUUACAUUUGUCUUCUGCAGGAACACCCUGAUGCUCGAUCAUACCGGAACAGAACCCUCCCUAGCUAUAAUGAUUUGUUCUUGAUUUACGGAAAUGCAAAUAUAAAUGGGUGGAAUUUGGAGGCUGAAAAUUCUUCCGGUGAAGAGGAGGAUGAGUCCCCUUUUAGUAGCAGUCCGACGAGGAUUCAUAAAACCGGUAGUGCGGGUGUAAAAUCAGAUAUUGACAAUGAUGUUCUUGAUACGGGGUUCAAUGAUAUCUUUGGCGAUCUACAAUCUCUGGCCGCAGAGUUUGAAAUACCUGACCAAAGGAAAAAGCGGAAAACUGAUGCUUCAUCAAUGGCAGCAUCAAGGAAAGCCGUGAGAACCAAUCAAGGAAGAUUACAUCCUUCUGACAAAAGGCCGGUUAAGGUCAGAACUAGUUUUAACAACGAAGAUCAAUAUUAUAGCUCAAUUGAAAGCAUAGUAGAUGCGCUUCAAGCCAUACCAGGCAUGGACGAUGUGCUCUUCUUAGAUGCUAGCAAGCUUCUCGAAGACGAGAAAAAGGCCCGGAUGUUUGUGGCAAUGGAUGUCCAUCAACGAAGGAAAUGGUUAUUAAGAAAGCUUCGACGAUAGCAAUUGUAUAUCAGCUUUUCUUAGCAUGUAAAAAUUGUUCACUUUCACUUCCAUUUCAACUGUUAAUGUCCUUGUGAAUUAUCCUUCCUUCUUUGAUCCUCCAUGUAUGAACUAUUAAUGGAGUUCCCCAAUUUUUGUUCUCA